GCAGAGAGCUGCAGGCGCGCGGACCGCGAGGAGGCUCCACUCGGAGCGCACGAGCGAACAAAAGAGCGUCCACCCCGCGCGGACCUUCUUUAAACCGGACUUUAUUUUUUUCGCUGUUCUUCCUUUUGUUUUUUCUCUGCGCGCGCAGGGCGGCUCGGUUCCUGCUCCACUCCCGGACCUGCUCGCCUUCUGUCCGCCAGAAAAGCUCGUUUCAGUGUUUGCCCGUGUUCUUCUCCGGAGGACCGUAUACAUCACCUUCCUCAUUAUCUGUCCCUUUUCUCCUUUACUGGAGUCUCUGAUUCUCUGGGACCGGUUUCCAAAUCGCCUCCAACGUGUUUAGGCUUUAAGCGCGCGCCUCCGAGGCGCAGGAUCCACCAUGUCCAGGCGGUCAAACCGGGCCGGCCGCCCAGCCUUCUUAAAGGAGCAGGGGGAGAGUGGUCAGAGCAGCGGAGCAGCCUCCUCCCGGGCCGCCGAGCAGUGCGAGCAGCCUGAGCCCGGCGAGGGGGACCCGGUUAGGGGAGGGAUUACAAUGCCUAAUAGCCUUCUGGGUUACCAGUCGCGUUCGCCUCUCUUCCGAACACUAUCCAGGUCCUCAAGCGGAUACUUUUCGUUUGAGAGCGAGCCCAGCUCUCCGCUCGUGACGCACAGCGCGUCCACGCAGACCCCCAGCCCGUCUAGUCAAGUAAUCACUCACGCCCUGCAGCGCAUUGCUGAGGCGCGAGGGAACGCUCAGACUUUCGAAUUAUGGCCCCUCUAUAACCACCAUCCGCCCCACGGAGCAGCGCCUGCGGGGGACAUGCGACCGGAGUCGUACGUGGCGCAAGAGCUGCGGCGCAUCGGCGAUGAGUUUAACGAGCUUUAUUUUCACGGGGCAGGCAGAAAUGGAGGCAGAGUCCAGCUGCCGGCGGAGGAGGAACCUGCCUUCAUGCUGUGGCUGGGGCUCGUGAUCAGACGCCUAUUAGAGGUCCUCCUAAGACGAAGAUGAUAGGCACCCAGCAGACCCAGCAGACCGUUGUAGCACCAUGUAAAUAUCACAGCAAAACCUUCGGCAGAACUUGCUCUACUCUCGCUCUGUCCGAGUUUCUUCUCUUUCACCUCUGGAACUGACCACGUUUCCUCUUCUGACUUCAACAUUCCCCGUCCAGAGAGGGCUACGGAUCUGGACGCUCUAGGACUGAGUAGGAAUUCUGGGACAAAACAUGGAAUCUGCGAUGUUUCCUGCGUCAAUGUGGAAAGCUGAGCCAUUAAAACACUGGAUAGGGAAGGCUGGGCCAGCCUGUCUCUGUCUCUGGAGUUGUUCCCAAAUGGAGAAGUGUGGAAAACGUGCCUUCGUCGCCUCCAUGCCCUUAUCUGUCUCUGCAGUGUCCACUUGUUGUUUGGUUUAUUUGGGUUUAAUCUGUUUCGACUAGGUUUAAUUUUCCUUUUUUUGCUUUUAAAACUCACAUUUGUCCUGUAUUUAUUUGCCACUUUUGUAUUUAAGUUGUUUUCUUUUUUUGUUAUUAAUAUUGAAGUGGACAAAAGUCAGUCAGCGGUAUUGUGGUUCUGCCCGCCUUUCAUCUCUCCAUUGAUUCACGGAAAAUUUGCACUUCUGCUUUUAAUUACAUCUUACCUGAAAGGCCUACAGUGGGGUCAAUGAUCUGAUUAAUAAUUAUCCUGAUGAAUUCUCCAGAUGGGAAGUUUAUAAGCGCAGUUUAUAAGGAAGCUGGUAGGCCAGAAAGCGUAGAAGGCCUUUUUUCAGGCUCUCAUUCAUUUCACCUUUCAGUUUGUCAGAAACAUUAUUCAGAGGAAGAAUUCCGCCUUUGGCGGGAGUGUGAUUUUCGCACCACGUUGUUUGCCAGAGAAACGUUAGCCUUGGCUUGGUGCCCCUGCUUUGAUGCCAAAGUCAUUAAAUGCUGAUGGAGGUUAAGAAGCACAGCGCAGCUGUUUUUAUCCUCAGUGAAAGUGAAUGAGGAGCAGUGAGUGAAUGAAACAAGAGGACAGAUGAGAGAUGAUUUUUAUUAACUUAAUUUGGCCUGUAGCCACAUUUUAGCCUCUCCAAUUCACAUGAGAGUGUUUUUUUAAUGAAAAACAUGAUCAAAAUUGAUGCGUUUGGGCAUUUCAUCACUUUGAGGUACCAACACUCAGAGAUUAAAGGCCUGUAACAUAGAAAAACAGAUUUGUCUAACUUUUUAAAAAUUAUUUUAAUAGGGCUGGGCUGAAUAUUCUCAAUACUCGAGUAUUCAAUCAGUAUGUUUCAGAAGCUUAUUAACCAACAAAAUUAGAUCAAGCUUGUGAAUUUCAGACUUAUGCUGCAUUCACAUGUUUGCAUUUCACAUCUCGUAGCGGUACGCGGCCGAUGGCAGCAUGAAGCCAUACAGACGUUGGCAUGUGAUAUAUGCACUCUUAUUUUGUGUCAUGUACAAUUCUGGCUUUGUCUGGAGUUCAACAAUGAGAUGUCUGGCAUCACAUGCCACCUAAAAAAUCAACAUCCAGUGGCCUUCAACAGCAAAAGUUGGGAAAAUGAAGCGCUUGGCGGAUUGUUCUGCUCACUGCUGCACUCUAUGGAGUGCUGCCACUCCGUUUAAAACUAUAGAAUAUCCGUUUUGCCAUUGUCCAUCUACCACAAAUAUGUGAACGCAGCAUUAGAGGCCUAUUUAUCACUGUUUUAAACAAAACACGUCAUCAACAAUCAAACAAUAGAUGUGAUAUUAGGCUAUAAAAUAUAUAGAGGUAACAUUAGCUAAAGGCUGAAUACACACCCCCAGCAUGAUGUCAUAAUCUCCCCCCGAUUUUCUCAGAACGACUGAAUUUAGUGAAAAAUAUUAAAAUGGUAAACAUUUUGCUGCUAUCAGAACAAAACCUUAUAUCUCCAAAAUGUUAAAUUUACAGGACAACUUUACUUCUAAUAUAAGUCAAUGGAACCAGAGUUUUUUCAAGU